CAAACUCAUUGCGGCACAUCCGAAACCCUGCGCCAUGGCAUAUCGCGGAGUUCACUUUGGGCAUCGCGCCGGCAACAUCGUACGUUGGACGGUGGCGAGCGUCUUGGGGAUUUUGUCUGCGAUUUUACUAUUCCUCCACCGAUAUUUGGCGACCAUAUUCUUGGUCUUGUUCAUUUAUUUCAUUUUGUCAUUCGUUCUGAGAGCCCACACUGAUCCGUUCCCAGCGCCACUUCGCAUCAUCGGUGGCGUCGGGAUUCUUUUGAGCACCGCGUUCGUCACUUCCCUUCCGUGGCUCCUGUAUGGCGGCAAAGGGGCAUGCCGGGCUUCUCGUGGAACCUCCAAGACUCCUUGGGAUCUAGGCUUUGAUGAGCAUUGGUUGGACCUAAGCUUGCGCUUUGUCUUCCUUUGGCCCCUUGCGAUGCUUGCAAUUUGGGUCACCUUAGCAGACCAUCCGCCAUCUGCUUACGUCAGACAAGCGGUCAGAUGCAUAAUUUUUGCGUGGUUCGGCAAGCUGAUACAUACCAUUACUGUCACGGUGGAUUCCUGCGUUGUCCCGGACUACAAUGAUGAAGGCGUUAGACCACUGGACUCCGACUCAGCCUAUUUCAGCGUCUUUGGCAAUAGCACCCAUUUCGUGGCAGACGUGUGGUUUCUGCAGCUGGUGGUCGAGCAGCUUGUGGCCUUUCAGGCUGCAUAUGGCGAGUCCUUGCAGUGCACCUCCGGGAUUGUGUGGCUCUCACGGCUGAUGAUUCCAAUGGUGACUAUGCAGGCUUUCGGUGUGAUAUCGCGUGUCGUGGCGCUGGGCAAUUCCAUUAUGUUGUCUCUGGGUGUUGUCUCUAUGUGCUUUUUGCUUUGCAGAGCUUAUAUGGUGCCUUACAACUACCUCUUGAAAGCACAGAAACUUGAUGUGAACAAUGCUUUGUCCGCAGAACUCGAAAAAGAGACGACCUUUGCCAUGCGCAUCAUCCACAAAUCCCAGCUGGGGUCGCUUGUGGGCUCAUGCGGCAUGAUUUUGGCUUUCCUUUCGUUCGGCCUCGGUGACUAUAUUUUGCCUAAGAGUAAGGCGUGGUACUUGAUCUGGGUGGUUACCUCAAAUGUGGAUUCCUUGGGCAUCAUGUCAUCUCUGGUUAUGCAGUCCGGCGUGAAGAUAAAGUGUCGACCCCGAACGGGGUCGACGAGCGAGGGAGGCUUGAAACUAUUCGCUCUGAACCUCGAAAGGACAGCGACUCAUUGCUUCAACGGGGCAAAGGACGAACGGGCUGAAGAAUGGCAGGAGAAGGUGGCUGACUUGGCCUUGAGGCGGGUCUCUGUGGAGGUGCUGUUGCAUUUUUUUCUUCAGCUAGGGCAGGAGGAUGCAAUGCCCCAUUUUGACACAAAGAAAUCCACCACCAACGACGUGGUUCGCCAUAUGGUGAUCCCCAACAGUCGGGAUGGCCGCAUGGGCCGAUCCUUCGCCGAGAAGUUUGGGCCAAAAGCCUCUGCGACGCCGAGGAUGGUGACGCACCACUGGUCCAACCGCUUCUGCGACCUGGUGGCCGCCGUCUUGGCUGACGCGCUGGACCUCAAGCGCUGGGAUGUGGUCGCCGGGCGUUUGAGGUCCUCGGAGGGGGUCGAAGAGUUGAAGGAGGCGCUCUAUGCACACGGCGUCUUGCACUGGCAGUACUGGAUCUGUGCCUUUUGCAUCAAUCAGCACGCCAGCAUUUGUGGCACCUCCAUGGGAAUCCGGGAUACUGUGACACAGGAGGUUCUGCCCAGCUGCGAUUGUGCUACGCCCAAGUACCUCAACGACCAGCCAGUCCGAUGCGAGAUGAACAAGUUCGAUGACAUGAUGGCGUAUCUGCAUCGUGAGUGCCCCAAGUUUCUGCAGGUUGUUGCCAUUGAUGUCGAAUUCAUGAUCUUCUCCCGUGCAUGGUGUGUGGCAGAGCUGGUGCAAGCCGACGCCAGCCAUUUGGAACAGCACAUGAUGAUCCACUCGCCCUCUGCUUUAGAGAAAAACUCGGGCAGGUUGAAAUCGAUUCAGGUUCAGGACUGUUCGGCCUCAAGGGAGGAGGACAAACUGGCGAUCCUCGCCAAGAUCGGCACUGAAGAGGAUGUGGACAACUUCAACCACCACCUUCAGCAGAUCCUUCUGGGCAAUGGAGGCUUGUUGGCAGAUUGGCUGGACGGUCAGAAGCUGUUGCAGGAGGUUGGUGCGAUCUCUGCCAGGGCAAAAGCACGCGUGGAGGAGGCCGCAGAGCCCGGCGUGGAAAUGCUGGACCCUUCGGAUGUGGAUGUAUGACUUGAUGCAAGGAACUCAGCGGCUCCCAUUUACCCACUUCCCAAGGUUCUGCUUUUUGAACAGUCCAUUUUGGAUGUAAGCAGUUUGUUUUCUUUGGGUCCAUCCCACCAGGAAGUCGCGUUUUAGGAGAUGCUCCUACUGCAGGUUGUUUGGCCGAAGGCCAAGGUACGAGGACCUUUAAAGGGCUCCUCCUACCCCGACCACGUGCGCAGGGAGUUGACGGCUCUUAAAGGGCUGUCCUCGAAUUUGAAUUUUGCCGCAGGCGACAAACAACAAUGUCGCACGCAGAUCGCCGGGUAAAGUUUAAAGGGAAA